AUGCCUGAUCUCGAAGUACCCGGAGCCAUUCUCCAUUACGAGACUUUUGGAACCAAAGAAUCUCUCCUCAUAUUCAUACCUGGAGCCGACGGCCGCGGCAGCAUCUUCCAUCCCUCUGCUCAACUUCUUACCGAUCAGUUCACUGUUGUCUGCUGGGAUCGCCGCGGAUACUCGCAAAGCUUUUUCGUGGGCCAGCAACAUUUCGAACAGCGCUUGCAGACUGACGCAGAUGAUGCGAUGCGGCUGAUCAGACACUUGUCUCCUAAUGGGAGUGCUACCGUGUUUGGAACUUCCUCCGGUGCGAUCGUUGCCCUCCAGCUGCUAGCUAGGCAUUCGGGGUGUGUGACAAGGCUCGUUGUCCAUGAGCCACCCGCGUUUUCUGUCCUUCCUCAAGAAUUCCAGCAACAAGCCUACGGACUUAUCCGCCACAUCUAUGAUACAUACAGAGCUCACGGCUCCGAUACAGCCAUGGAGGCUUUUGCAUCAGGGUUGUCCGAGGGCCCUGAUUCAAAGAUGAUGCGGCACUGCAUGGAUGCGAAACGCGGCGACGAGAUACGAGCAAACUGCUUGUUUUGGUUUGAAUUCGAGCUGAGACAAUACACCAGUGCCACAGUCGACGUACAAGGCCUUCAAAGAAUGAAACAUAAGUUGGUUUUAGUCGCAGGGGAGGAUAGCGGCGAUGGGCCCGGAGUAGGACCAAUCAUGGCCAUCGCUAGGCAGGUGGAAGAGGAGGUUAUCAGAAUCCCUGGUGGCCACCUGGGCUUUAUGAUUGUUCCCAAGCUGUUUGCGAAGAAGCUGCUAGAAUUGCUCAGCAAAUAG